UUUUGUAUUUGCCACUGGUUGCACGAUGAGAACAGGUCCUCAAAUUCAGGCUGUGGAUAGGCCACAACCACAUGAACCACCAUCUAUUAAAACCUUGUUUAGGAUUGACCAGUUAGACCAAAGCCCCUGUCCAACUGGCACCAUGACAACAAAACACUUGCUGCACUUUUUCCCACAACAUGACAGCCUCAGGAGCCAGGAUCUGAGUGGAGGAGACCACAAUGCAAGGGAUGUUCUAAGGCAGUCUGGAAGACUUGCAGCAACCUUUACGCAGAGAGCCGGCGUGCCCAUCAAAGUGAUUGACAAGAAGAAGACAUUUCAGUUCAUCACAUGGAGGAAAGUCAGAAUGAAUCAUUUUACAAUAAGGGUUUACUCUAAGGUAAUUCUGUUAUCAAACUUUAACUCUUUCAGUGCUGGAACCGAAUUUUGAAGGCCAUUGCAAACAGUUUGGAUCCAGAUGAGACGCCACAGAACGUGGCGUCUCAUCAGGAUCCAAACUGUUUGCUAUUCUGAUAGUAUUCUUUGGAAAAAAAUCGAAGAAAAUGCUAAUUUUAGAAAUUCUGCAGACGACAUUUUAGCAAACGACAAAUUUCCCAGCAUGCAAAGGGUUAAUGCACUUACCAGUGAGUUACCGGGGAAGCAUAGGUAUAGACAUCAGGAAGAUUUCUCUGAUUGAAUAUCACUUAAAGUGGGAAAUAACUUCAGUGUAUCAUAAAAAGGGUUCACAAAAACUUGAGUUUAGCCGACUUAAUUACUUUAUUUUUAAUAGAUGUUAGUGGAAACAAACUUGUUUUUUCACCUUAGCCAAAACUAUUUAUUUUGAACACAGUCAUAUAUCCAUAUAUAGCGCAGUCAUUAAAAUUGUCAUGCUUUCCAUAAAAAAGAUGAAAACAUGAAAAUGAGCCUUACAUUCAAAUCAUAUCAUAUAGAAGUCAAUCGAUUGUCAGAAAUUCAGCCAAAUAAAAUUAUGACAAAAAUAUUUUCAGUAUGCAUUGGAUAUUAUGAUUUCUGGUAAUCUAUGCAAACCAUCCUCUAACUGCUGCAGCAGUUGCUUAACAUGGGAAUUGUCAGCCAUAAAAUGCAUUAUUUCCAAUUUCUGUUCAUGUAAGUUCGUCUUCAACGAUGGCACAUUGACCCUCUUGUUCUGAUCCAGACACAAUUACAGCAGCUUGCGAGACAAAUUUGUCUGCUAAGAUUUAGUAGAGUUUCACCUUUUUAGGCAAAUUUCUUAGGUGUUAUAAUGGUGGACUUAAUCACAACUGAUCACAAUUUAUGGUGUUGUCUGCAUAUAACAUUUUUCAAUGGCAUUUGUUGAAUGAAGGUCGAAAGGCACGAGUUGAAAAAUAGUGCUGUGCUGGCAUUUUUUUUGCAGUUUGUCCACCAUUUUUAGAAACAGGUCAGGAGUUCCAUCUUAUGAAAAGAACCGUGCUAAAUUUGAGUAUUUUUACGUUUCAGAUGCGGGCUUGGUUUGUGAUUAAUUUUGGGGUUGGCUUUGGCAGGCCCUCAACCCAGUUAGAAUCCACAUCCCACUGCAAUGAAGGUUCGAAUGCGGUGAUCUCAGUUUAAAUCCUUUUAUGUUUAUGUUUGCUGCCUUCAAGGGAUGAGAGAACAGCCACCACAUGACGCAGAUCAUCAAACCAGAAAAAAAAAUCACCUCAGAUUCAGCCCAGGGCAAGAAAAUAGACAGAUAGAGGGAGGUAAAGAGCAUAUAAUAAAGGACCCAAAAGACAGCUAAAAGCCCCCAGGGAAAAAUUAACUGGCAAAGUCAUCUAGUUUGAAGAUCAACAACCACUAUGUGAGAGACAGUGGUAGAGAAAGGUGCUAGAAUCCCCUGCUUCUCUCAUUGAACCAAAUGGGAGCAGUACUGAAAAGAUAGUGAUCAGUGGAGUAAAGAAAAUUACAUGCAUAGUUAUAGCAUUGUAAAAAUAAAGGGUGUCAUAAUUAGAGAAGUACAACCUUAAUUGAGAUUUGAUAUAUGUGCAAGUUGAAAUUAAAUAGACUGAGAAAUUUCCUGUACACUUGUUAAAUAAUUUUAUGAGUCUGUGAAUGCAUUGGACUGUAACUUGUGAAUGGGCAAAGCGAUAAGGAUAAAUAAGCUAUCGGGUAUUACACUCACCAGUGUUGAGCACAGAGCUUGAAUGGUGUGGGACUCAAGUGGAUUGCUAGAUCUAUGCUGCUAUUGGAGUAUUAAAGAGGGAGCAAAGAGAAAAGACUGCUUUUAUUUGAAUAGUGGUGAAGCGGAAUAUUCAAAGUUGAGUGCUUAGGAGCAAAGGAUUUAAAUUGGCGUAGCAUUAGAAGGAACUUGUACAUUCAAAAACAAAAUUAUUGAAGUUUAUUUAUAUGUAUACAUCUAAUGCAAUGGACUGUAGAUAGGGAAUUAUUGGAUAAGCUUAUGGAAAGGAUGCUGGUGUAUUAACAGUUAUGAAGUAAUUUGUUGCAAUUGAAAGCAUUUAUACUGAAGAGAGUGGAUUUAAAUUAUAUUGACAAUAAUAUGAAAUUUUGAAUUUUAUCAAUAGGGAUAAUGCAGGAAACUAAAACAAUGGGUUCUAAAUGGAAUACAAUGGUGAACUUUGUGUUUAUGUCAGCAUGUAUUGUUCUUGUCUGCGCUCAAGACGUUACAUAUCAUAUAAAUGAAGAGCUUCCCAACUCAACGCUAAUCGGAAACGUCAUGAAUAAUUCGAAUUUGUUUAGUGCCAUUGGAGGAAGUAGUUCAGCAUCAUUGACAUUUUUCACCACUGAAACAGAAUAUUCCCGCUUCUUUCGCGUGGACGAAAAGAACAGCAAUCUUUACACCAACGGCAUCAUUGAUCGAGAAGUGAUCUGCGAAUUCUCUGAAGUCUGCAUGCUCGAACUUCAGAUUGUGGCAAAGUCAACUCUGGGCAGCUUUUUCCACAUUUUGAAAAUUCACAUCUUUAUUAAUGAUGUGAAUGACCACUCUCCUGCGUUUUCACGACAGUCGUUGACUAUCUCCAUAUCAGAAUCGGUCUUAAUUGGUAAGUCCAUUGAAAUCGCUGGAGCAAGAGACAAAGACACUAGCGCAGAGUUUUCGCUGAAGCAAUACCAGAUGAAACCGAAAACAGCCGGGGAGGACCUUCCUUUUUCUAUUAACUUUGUGAAGCAUUUAGAUGGCAGCUCUGUGGUGAGAUUGUUUGUCAUUAAAGGACUGGAUCGUGAAACUAAAGAUACUUACACCUUUGAUAUCAUAGCAGAAGAUGGUGAUGAACCCCCUCGGCAGGGAAAACUGAGCGUCACCCUGAGAGUUUCCGAUAUAAAUGACAAUGCACCUUCUUUUAGUGCCCAGACAUACAACUGUACUGUGAAUGACCAAUCAACAAUUAAUACUGUGAUAAUAAAAAUGAAUGCAACUGACCCUGAUUCUCUGGACAAUGGGUUGAUUAAGUACAAACUGAGCAGCCAUCAGUCUGCAGAAAUAUUCACUAACUUCCAAAUAAACGAUUCAACGGGAGAAAUCAGCUUGAAGCAGCAACUGGUGUUCUCUCCAGGAAAAAUAUUUUUCAUCAUAGUCGAAGCCUACGAUAAUCCUAUAGACGGCCAAUCGUUAUCUACCCAAGCCAUCGUUCGCGUGACUGUUCAAAACAGCGGCAAUAAUCCUCCAGUGAUCCAGAUCAAGCUUCUGUCACAGAAGGAUACAGCGGAAGUUCCAGAGAACGCGAGCAUCGGGAACGUGGUGGCGUUUGUGGUUGUUGUGGAUCAUGACGUUGGACAGCAAUCCAUUGCAACUUGCAUCAUCGUGGCAUCAGACUUUGACAUCCAGAGAAUUGACAUGAGCAGCUACAAGGUGUUUGUUAGCCGCCAGCUAGACUACGAGCGCUCCCACUCCCAGAAUGUGACAAUCCACUGCCAGGACAACGGGGCUCGUCCCCUCUCGACCUCCGCGUCCUUCACGAUAAACAUCCUCGACAUAAAUGAUCAGACGCCCAAAUUUACAGAACAGUUUUAUUCAACCAAUGUCCGAGAAGACACAUCUGUGGGAGUCUCAAUACUUGAAGUAAGUGCCAGUGAUGAAGAUGCAGGAAAUAACUCAUUGGUUGAUUUUGAAGUUGCUGAUGGGUUUAAAGAUGUUUUCUAUAUAGAAAGAUCUGCUAAGAGGGAAAAUACGGGUGUACUGAGAGUUGGAAAGCCAUUGGAUCGCGAAAUAAAGUCGUCCUUUCUCUUCCAAAUCUAUGCAAAAGAUCGCGGCACUCCCCAGAGGACCGGAACUGCUACAAUCAGUCUUCAGAUUACUGAUGUCAACGAUGAAAGACCAAAUUUUACGCAGAUGCCUUUUGAGUUCUACGUUUUAGAAAACUUGCUGGCCAACGCUGAUGUUGGCAGGGUGACUGCCAUAGAUAAGGACCUAGGCAUGAAUGCUCAGGUUGAAUUCAAGAUGCAUCCGGACUUUGAAGGAAAGGUUCCUUUCGUAGUGUUUGCCGAUGGCAAAAUUAAAACAAAUCAUGACCUUGACAGGGAGGAGAUCAGUCGCUACGAUUUCAAGGUCAUCGCAACAGACAAAGGUAGCAGUCCUUUGAGUAAUACUGGAAGUGUGGUCGUGAAAGUAUCAGAUGCAAACGAUCACGCUCCAGAAAUUUCCUUCCCGAAACUUGGAAAUAACACUAUGUAUGUUCCACAUUCUGUUCAAGCUUGGCAUAUAGUUAGUAGGGUCAUGGCAAAAGAUGGGGAUGAAAUCAACACAGGGAACAGUAAACUAAGAUUCAGCAUCGAAGGAAGAAAUGAUUCCAAUUUGUUCCAGAUCAACCCAAACACAGGAGAAAUUCAGAUAACUGGUCCAUUGCAGCCUGCAGACGUUGGGAAAAUAUUUAGACUGGAAUUGUUUGUGUCCGAUUAUGGACAGCCUAAGCCACAAGUUGCAGAAACAGUCAUGUAUAUCAUGAUUACUUCUGAAAACGCGACAAUGGCUGCAGCUCAAACAGAUUUGCUGAGUAACAAAAACGUCCUCAUUGCAAUAAUUGUGGGGGUUGUGACAGUUGUGUUGUCGGUGGGACUCGUGGCUGUGAUAUGCGUUAUACGAAAAAUCGACCGUGAACGCAAGUUGGAGCAACAGAUGAAGAAUAAUAAUCAAAUUACUGUGGAUCCGGACAUAAAUGGGCGACAAGUGUUCGAUGGAAGUAUAACAGUGUUUUCGUUGCCCUCCGAGGAUAGUUUGAUUGAAAAGAAGAAGAAGGAAGUAAGCUUCUCGCUAGAAGAUGAUGUGUUUUCAGACGAUGACCUCAUACAAAAAAGUGCGUUGGAGAACGGGCAUAGACAUUACAAAGCGAACCAUUCAUUCCUGGCUCCCGGCCUGAAGAAGGUGGAAGACAAUCAUAGUGAGACAUCUGGUGACACGGGAACCAGCGAUAGUGGACGGGGCGGAAGCGAUGAGGAGAUGCAAACCUCCAUGUCCCAAUCACCUAGGGAGAAGAUGAUGGAUUUUACUCGGCCUCUGCCACCGAUGUCACACCAAGAAAUUAUACCAUUUUCAUUUAAAAAGGGCCUAUCAACACCUUUUAGGGAUUUUUCAAGGCCAGUUGGCUUCAGCCAUGAAAGAGGCAAAGACAUUGAAAUGAAAUCACACGACCAUGAUCGUCACAGACCAGUACUAUCGACAAUGGCGGUUCACACGCCAACAGAUUCUCUCGACCGAUCUCGAAAUAAAGUUGUGCUUCUUCAAACAGAUUCUGGUAUACACAGUGACACAAAUUCAACUGAAGGUGAAAACCAUAUCAGAGACUGCAUGGUUUGAGACUAGAAUUCUCCAUAUCCAUGUCGCUGCCAUUUUUGUUUAGAGAUUAUCAUGAACUUGCUAUUUAUAGAUUUAAUCUUUAAACAUUUUGGCAGAGGGCGGAUUUGAAAUCUUGUGAUAAUUAUAGAAUACUUGUGCAAUUUUGUUGAAGAUAUAACUAUUUGUGUGAAAAAAUCUGGUUCUUCCAAACAUAUAUAGUUGAAUGAUGUGAACAUGUUGCAUUAAUGAAUUGGGAAUUAGCUUUUAUCAAAGUAUUAUGACUGUUUAAAGUAUUUAUUGAGUCAUGAUUGCAUUAUAUUUAUUUUUCAUUCAAUUGUAAUCAAUUCAGUAUUGUAUUUAAUUUUAAUUAAUAUAAUUUUCCUUUGUUUCACAUCAUGUAUGUAUUAUAUCCACAAUAUAACAUGGAUAUAAAAUAUUUUGAACUCAUUAUAGUAUUAAUGAUUUAUAGUUAUCAAUUUAAGUCUUUAGAUAGCUGAGAAAACUUACAGUUUAGAUGAUUUGUUUAAAAUAUUAAUUUAUUCACGAGAAAAAACGUUCAAACUAAAUGAUAACUUGUUUCUGAUUUAUUUGUACAUUUAAAAUAAAGAAUUGUUUUUUAGCUCACCUGAGCACAACGUGCUCAUGGGUUGUGCUCAUGGUGAGCUUUUGGGAUCGCCUUUUAUCCGUCGUCUGUCGUGCGUCCGUCGUCAACAUUUUACCUUGUGAACACUCUAGAGGCCACAUUUCUUAUCCGAUCUUCAUGAAACUUGGUGAGAACAUUUGUCCCAAUAAUAUCUCGACUGAGUGCGAAAUUGGGUUAUUCUGGGUCAAAAACUAGGUCACUAGGUAAAAAAAUAGAAAAACCUUGUGAACACUGUAGAAGUCACACUUGAUGCCCAAUCUUCAUGUAAAUUUUGCCAAAAUGUUUGUCUUAAUGAUAUGUUGGUUGAGUUCAAAAAUUGUUUCGACCCGUUCAAAAACAUGGCCACCAGGGGGCGGGGAAGUAUUCCUUAUAUGGCUAUAAAGAAACCUUGUGAACACUAGAAGUCACAAUUUUUGCCCAAUCAUCAUGAAACAGGGUAAAAACAUUAGUUUUAUUGAUAUCUCGGAUGAGUUCGAAAAUGGUCUAGAUCGGUGAAAAAACAUGGCUGCCAGGGGGUGGGGCAGUUUUCUCUAUUUGUAUAUAGUGUAAACAUUUGAACACUCUAGAAGUCACAUUUUUGGUCCAAUCUUCAUGAAAUUUGGUCAGAACAUUUGUUUCAUGGAUACGACGGUUGAGUUUGAAAAUGGUUCAGAUCGGUAAAAAAACAUGGCUGCCAGGGUGGGGGGUCUUUUUCCUUAUAUUUAUAUAGUAAAAAAGCUUGUGAACACUCUAGAAGUCACAUUUUUUGCCUAAUCAUCAUGAAAUUUGGUCAAAACAUUGGUUAUGUGGAUACCUCGGAAGAGUUUGAAAAUAGUCGUGAACAUUUGAAAAACAUGGCCAUAAUUACAGAGGAUUAUUAUGUUGAUGAUUGGUUGGGGAUGAAGUGCAACAAACGUAUUUUUGCCAUCUGAAAACCCUUUAUUAAAUAAUCUCAAAAUUUUAAGUAGUAAUAUUGAUUUCACAGAAAAUUACUUAGGGGAGAAACAACUGUAUAUAACAGUUUAGAGUCAGGCCCAAAAUUCCUGUGCUGGCUACUUUUCACACAUUUUGUUGCAUGUAAUUUAAUGACUGCAGACCAAUGAAAUAACCAUUAGCCACAGCAGGUACCUCAUUAUCUCUGACAGUUGCUUGAUGCCUAACCCCUUGUUUACAGCCCUUUCCAGUGAACAGCAUGGAACAGCAAUUGCUAUACAGUGGUAUCAAUAUAGAGAUAAACACAUAAAUACAUUUGUCUGGCAUUUAUUUUCGUAUAAAAAUCAGCAUGCUGACUGCAUAAAAAGAACAGAUUACAACAUUGAAGCAAGCUUUUGAAAUAGCAAAAUUAUGUACUUAUAUAUUUCCAAGAAAGGUUUAUACAAUAUAUAUAAAUUCAAUGGGCGUGAUAUUUCAUAUUUCUUAGCUUUAAGUACAGUGAUGCCUGAUUGAACUUCCUCAAUAUGGCUAUUAUUUAACUUAUAACUAUCACAAAGUCCCAGUGUAUAUUAUGAAUAUCAAGAAGAAAAAGUAAAGAUAUGUACAUAAAAAUAUCCUUUACAGCUUAGGCAACAACUGUUGUCAAAAUUCAAUUAUAUUGAUCAAUAAAAAAUAGAUUGAAAUAUUCUCCAACUUUACUGUUGAACAUUUAUUGACAAAAAACUAUCGUGUCUACAUGUACACAUAUCAUAUCACAGAUAUACUUUGUUCAAGAAUUAAAGAGAGAGAGAAAAUGUACUUAAAACCAACUAUAAAGAGUAGAAGCGUAGAGGAAUUGUUUAAAAACAACACUCACAAAUGUGAAUAAUUAACAAAAAUUAACUCUUAAAUGAAGUAUGAAAUUUCAUUUUAAAUCAUAAAUACAGAUUUAUAUACAAAAUUCAUGUAGGCCUACAUGGAUGAUUUGUGAAAUACAGUAUUAUGUGAAAGUCAGAAAUACCAAUAUUCUAAUUAAUUUUAUAUACAGACAUCAUGUAUGAUAUGUGAAAUGCAGCAUUACUUGAAAAUCAGAGUAUCAUUGUUCUAAAUAACUUUGAAUGGAAAAACAGUGAAAACAUAUUUUAAUAAUAGAGCACACUAAGUCUGUACUACCGCCUGUCUGCUCAGCACUCGUCCUCUUUUGAAGAUUUUACACUAAAUAAUUGAACUAUAAAGUGCAAGUUAAGUAUGUACGCCCGUCUGUAUGAAGUACUUUUAUUAUUUUGAACUCCACCUUCCCAGAAUAGUUUAGUUCCUUCGGGUCUCAGGUGAGCGCCUUAGGGCCCAUGGCCCUCUUGUUUCAAUACUGACUGUCAAACAUUAUAAAAUGUGAGUAAUUUUAGAAAUUAACAAGGCUAGUUAUGUGAACAUAAGUGUUGUUUUUACAUGACAUUGUAAUGAUCUGGUUAAGAACAAAUUGUCUUUAUAUAAGAUUUUUAUCAAGAUAAAAGGCAGUGUUUCCUAUUGUACAGCUAUUUACCAUAAGAUUAUUACAUAUUCUUAGAAAUUAUUUGAGAGUUUACUAAUCAGGGCUUUUCAUAGCAUGAUUCAGACGGGUUAAUUCAACAUUACUGUAAGCAUAGAUAGUGCCAUUUUUGCUGAUUGUUUUAUUUUUCUGUAUGAAUGAAGUUCAUUUGUAAAUUAAUUUGAUAUUGACGAAGACAUUUAAUAUAUUUUUACAAUGGAAGAAAAAACUUUUGCAUCGUAGAAACUUUAGAAAUACAUCUUUGUGGAUUUAGAAUUUCUCAUAACUGUCAGUCAGAAUAUGGUUAUUUUAAGCUCUCUCCAGAUAUGUUUUUCAUGUUUGUGUCAAUGAACUAUGAUUAAAGAAUAAGAUAAAAACAUAAACUUGCAGUUUGUGUGUUUCCUGCAGAGAUUAUUCAAAAUAAUUGGUAUUUAUUGUUUCUUCACUGGGUGUUAAGAAGAUAUAAACUUCCAAAAGUGUCCGUCACACUAGGGAAACACCGAACAUUAUACACCAUGUAAUAUCUGGUGACUUCGCUCUGUACCAUAGUUUUCAAUUUAAAACUUAAUUAGAGCAACUAAAUAAAAUUGGCCUGUUUUGUGCUUUUGGAAAAUUGAGAUUUAUUGAAAAAUUGGUUUAUCUAUCACUGCAUGGAAAUUUUAUCAUAUUAAGAAACAUUGGCUGUUGAAUAAAAAUUGUGCAUAUGGGAUUCGUAUAAUCAUGUUAAACUUGUGAGUGCUGACAAUUCUAGUGAUCUGCAGUAUUUUGAAAAUGCUAAAAUUAAAUCAACAACUGGAUGUUCCUUUCAUGAAUGUUGUUUUAGAAACACUCUCUUGCUAACAAAAGGGUUUGAAGAAAUGAAGUGAAAUAUAAUUAUACUUGUAGGCUGUCGGAACAUUGAAACACGCUAAUAUUGAAUCAAUUCGUGUUUGUCUGUUUUGCACAAAAAAUAAAAUAAUUGGGAAGUGAUUGUUCAAGAUUUUUCAUAAGGCUGCCAAAAAUAAAUUGUUUGUUUCACUAACAUCUUUCAAAAUAUAAGGUGAUAGAUACGCCCAAUUUUUUCCCUUUAACUUCUCUUACUAUACACAAGUUAUUUACCACUUGUAAAAAGUUAUUCAAUGAAAUAUUUCUCCCAAGGUGCUUUGCAACAUAUUUCCUUUAUAUGUAACAGUUAAAUUUAUUAAUAUGAUCAAAUGAAGUAAAAAUGGUCAAUCACUCAACAAGUAAUAGAGAACAUUUUUUUAUUUGGUCAAUAAUACAUUACUAUUCUACCAUCCAAAUAUAUUGCCCAUAUAAAAAGCAAGUUGAAUAAAAUAGGAUAAUUAAGUAUAAUAUAAUUUAUUAGUACAAUCCUCUUUUGGACUUUGAAUAAAUUAAAGAGUGUUUGUAUAUUAGCAUAAAGAAAUUGUAAACUUAUUAAAUUAUAUUAACACCAUAUGUAUUACUUUAACCAAGAAAUUCAGUCAAUGAAGAACAAACCCAAGCCUUAAAAGGAUUUUUAAACGAAAAUAAUUUAUUCAUUCUAAGCAAUGUAUGUUUUAACCAAUGAUUCAUGUUAAAUAAAAGUCCAUUUGUGAUCCAACAUAUUUUGAUUUGCCAAAAAAUUAUUGAAACCAUACCUCUGUGGGUGCAUAAAAUAUUCAUGAAUUCUUGACUGAGAGGAAAUGAUUCCUAAUUUAUAAUGAUUUCAUAAAACGUCUACAUACAUUCAUAGACAUUGUUUUUGAAGGUGUUUUCCCCCAUCAACAUAUCACUUACCGGUGCUUCAUUAAAACACUGUUGCCACUCAACUGUGCAUGUAAGGGAACAAGUGUGUGUUUAUUUUGUCUUCUGUCUUUUCUGUUCACACAAUUUCUUUCAAAUAUUUAUAAUAUAUUCUACAUGUCGUAUUAACUUGCCGAACGUGUUGUGGAUUUUUAGGCCAGUUGAUGAGUGUGAUCUAUAAUUUAUGCAGAAAUGUUUGUGAGUUCUUCAUUACUGGAUGGUUCGUGUUUUCAAUUGUGUAGAUAGAUGGAUAUAACAAUGUUACAUUGAUAUUGUUAUAUAUUACUGAGUCAUAUUUGUUUCUGGUAUUCAUGUAUAUUAAACGUACCAAACGUCAAA